AUGCCACCACCUGCGAUGCCGCCUACGCGGCGAUCGCGCAACGGUUGCCUCGAUUGCCGCCGCGCGAAGGUCAAAUGCGACGAGCUCCGGCCGUCUUGCGGGACGUGUGCGCGGAGACGGCAUGCCUGUCAGGGGUAUGCAAAGCCUGUGCCGUCAACAGGCACCUUAGCCGCACCUUCGGCACGGAACGUCAGAACGCCAACGGGGCCGGCCACAGUCUUAGGGUCGAACAAGGCGGCCGCAGGUGAAGAGCUGAUGCGAAACGGAAACGCUGCAAUGUCAUUACCAGCCCUUGAUAAAUUGGGGUUUCUAUCGCUCAUACCCCCCGGGGCCGUUCCGGCUUCUGAUGAGAUCAACAUUGAACUCUACUUUAACCGGCACCCUUCCGAGCUUCUCAUCGGACAAGAAUUCGUCAGUGAGAUGAACGCCAACGCAUUGCUGAUACUCCAGCGCGACCCAGUACGGGUGGCAGACACUUUGUCGGCCAUUGGUUAUGCGUAUCAAGUCGGCGACAGGGCGGGAUCCUUGCUGCCCGUUCUGAAUCGAAGGGCAAGGAUCCUGGCCAACCUUCGGAGCAUGAAGGCGUCGAGCUUUUACUUCGAGGAAGCCCUCUUUCUGCUUCUAGGUCUAUGUGCCAUGGAGCUCGUCACGCUCGCACAGCCGGGCCACCACGCCACCAUACCGACGGUUCUGGGUAACGUCUCCUCCCUCAUAUCCCACCACACCUCGAUAGGCGGCGAAAUUUCCUUCGUCAGUCGCUAUCUUCUGCGUGCCCUUGCUCGUCAAGACCUUGUCGUUUCCCUCGUCCAUCUCCGACGCCCUCGCGUGCCAACCUGCAUCUGGCUCGAGACGAACGACUGCGCAAAAGCAGACCGUCUUCUCGGCUACACAGCCACGCUCAUGCCUUUGCUCGAGGAGCUCUGCAUCCUCGCAGAGGAUAUGCGCGAGCAGAUUCUCCAACCAAGUCAUUCAUCAGCCACAGAUCAAGCCGUGCAUGAGAAUACAGCCGCAUCCAUAUCCCCAUCGUCUCAGGAUACCUCCUACGCCACAGCCACCAGCCCGAGGUCCUCCGAUUCAGUUUGUUCAGACGUCAAACGACCAUCCGCCAUAACGCCCUUCUUCAACCCCUCCCCCGAGUCCACCUCGAUUCAACUCCGAGCCGCGUCCCUCUACCAACGCCUGACAGCCUGGUCUCCACCCAUCACAGACAACACCCCCUUCCUGACGACCCGCAAAUUCCGUGUCCAGGCCGCAUCCUAUCGCUCCGCAGCCCUCCUCUACCUCCACCCCCGCAGCCUCCGAAACGGGAACCGAAGCUGA